AAGAACAAAAAGAAGUUGUUUUGUUUAUGUUUAUAUUAAUUUGUAUUUAUUUGUAACAUAUUUGUAGAAAAAAUAAUAAUAUGACUAGUUUAAGAACACAAAUGCGAUAUUUAAAUCCAUAUGAUUUACAUAAGCUAAUAAUAAAUGAUUAUGUUUUAAAAAAACCAGGAGAUACGAGGUUACUUAAAAGAGAUACUUCUAAAGAUCGGAAUGAUUACCACGUUAUUAAAGAAAAUCAUAAAUUUCUUUGGGAUAACGACGAAACACCUAAAUCUUGGGAAUUACAAUUUGCAAAAAAAUAUUAUGAUAAACUUUUUAAAGAAUACUGCAUUGGAGACUUAACUUUAUAUAAAGAAAAUAAGAUAGCAUUGCGAUGGAGAACAGAAAAGGAAGUAAUUGUUGGCAAAGGACAGUUUAUAUGUGGAAAUAAAAAAUGUGAAGAGAAAGAGGACUUGCGAACAUGGGAAGUAAAUUUUGCAUAUAUAGAGCAAGGAAAUAAAAAAAAUGCUUUAGUUAAAAUAAGAUUGUGUCCAGAGUGUUCAAAGAAAUUAAAUUAUCACAACAAAAAAAAAGAAGUCAAAAGAUUACAGAGGAAAUCUUUGAGACAGAAAAUUAAUAAAAAUACACAGGAGUUGAAUCGUACUGAUUCACCCAGUACUAGCACUAAAUCUUUACAUCCAGACAAGCAAGACACAGAGAAAUACGAUGAAAGUAAUAUAGUUCCAACAGAUGACUUAGAAUCUCCUUGGGACAGUCAUAAACCAUUAGAAACAAAAAGUAGAGAGGAAGAAAUGGAAGACUAUUUACAAGAUUUAUUACUUUAAAGAAACAAUAAAUCUAUUCUAAUAAUGGGUGUGUAAAUACAAAAAAAAAAUUAGAUUUCCCCGUUUAUGCCAAUUCUAUAGGUACCUAAAAAUUGCUCAACAUAGGAAAUCCAAAGACUUUCGGCCAAUGCAAUAUAGAUGAAGGAACCAAUUGCUAACGUUGUGAAACAUAAAAUGUUGAGUUUUAAAGUAUCAUUUGACAUGUGACGCCUCAAUUUAGAUAUACCAAUAGUUUAUGCUUUGUGUUACCAACAUAAAUCGACAAGAACAGCAAAUGGCAGAGAAUUUGGACUUUCAUAGCUAUGAAUUUUAGGUCACUUACUUUAAAGUAAGAUUUUUAAGCUUCUCGCAAGGUGAUGUGUGGCAGCAACAUUAACAAGGAAUCUGGUUAUAUUUCAGUACUUAGGACUUUUACAGGAUGGUAAUUCAAAUAUGUAUGGCUUUAUGCACAAUAUGGAAUAUUUAAUAUAUUCAUGGAAUGCUGUCGAAAUAGUAACCAGGCCGAUGUCGACCAUAGGCCGUCUCGCCGGAAGCUUAAAAAUCCUACCUUUAUACUCCUAUACAAUAGCAUGGUGUCUAGAUUUUUUCUAGAUUUGUGUAUCAGUAUAUGUAAUGUCGUUGUUUAUUAUUAGAUUAAUUACUUACCGUAAGUAUAUAAGCAGAUUUUUAUCUUAAUUUAACCUUAACUUUACUGGGAAAAGGCCAGCAAGACUUUGCACAUACACAUUUAUUCCAGUCGUAAUGUUAUGGACCUGCCAUACAAACAGGUUUUACAUGCACAAACUGGUUUAUAGCCGGUACGUGUACGUGGUUACAAAC